AUGCGCACAUUUAUUCUUCUCUGGUGCUUUGGCCUGUUUCUCACCUCUGUGGUUGGCGGGAAUAAUGAGACGGACCGGUUGGCACUGCUUGAAUUCAAAUCCAAGAUUAGUGAUGAUCCUCUUGGGGUGAUGAGCUCUUGGAAUGAUAGCAUCCAUUUCUGCCAAUGGAAAGGUGUUUCCUGUGGUCGCCGACAUCAAAGGGUCAUUGUGUUGGACUUGCAUUCUCAAAAACUGGUAGGCUCUAUAUCCCCAAAUGUUGGAAAUUUAAGUUUUUUGUGGAAGCUAAACCUUGAAAACAAUAGCUUUUAUAAUGAAAUUUCUCCAGAAAUUGGCCGUUUGCACAGACUACAAGUCUUGCUAUUGAACAACAACACAAUAAGUGGAACAAUUCCUAGCAAUUUUUCCAGUUGUGCCAACCUCAGAGUGUUUCAUGUGGGAGUUAAUAGUCUGGUUGGAGAAAUCCCCACAAAGCUUGGCACCUUGUCAAAGCUCAAAAUCUUUGCUAUUCAUAAAAAUAGUUUGACAGGAAUCAUCCCACAUUCUUUUGGAAACUUAUCAUCUCUAGAAGGUUUUUCUGCAGCUUAUAAUAACUUGAGUGGGAGUAUCCCUGAUUCUUUUGGCCAACUGACCAAACUUAAAAUCUUUGCUGCGGGUUCAAAUAGGUUGUCUGGUACAAUUCCUCCCUUAUUCUUCAAUAUCUCUUCAAUAACAGAGAUUGAUGUAGCAGUUAACCAAAUCCAAGGGCAUCUUCCAUCGGACAUAGGUAUCACUCUACCAAAUUUAGAAACAUUUACCAUCAGCAACAACCAGUUUAUUGGAUCUAUCCCUAUUUCAAUAUCUAGUGCCUCGAAUUUACAUAUACUAAAUUUGGCCGAGAAUAAACUAACUGGAAAAGUUCCUUCUUUAGAGAAGCUAAAUAGAGUGAGGUUGUUUUCCGUUGCUGAAAACCAGCUUGGAAAUGGAGGAGCAAAUGACUUGAGUUUUCUCUGUUCUUUGUCAAAUGCUACUAGCCUAAGAGAUUUGGAGAUAAAUACCAACAACUUUGGGGGGGAGUUGCCUAAAUGUAUUGGCAACAUCUCAACUAGUCUUACCCUUUUCUAUUUGAAUAAUAAUAAAAUAUCUGGAAAUAUUCCUAGUGUUAUAGGGAAUUUGAUCAACCUGGAGGAUAUAGAAAUGUGGAAUAAUACAUUUUUAGGUAAUAUCCCCUCUAUACUUGGAAACCUUCAGAAAUUACAAUUUUUGGAUUUAUCUCAAAACAAUUUCAUUGGGAACAUUCCAUCCUCUCUUGGAAAUUUAACAAAUUUGUUGGAGUUGUAUUUGGGAGACAAUAAUCUUCAGGGAAGCAUCCCUUCAAGUCUAAGUCAAUGCCAAAAUUUGAUAACUUUUCAUCUUCUCCAUAACAAUCUUAGCGGUAUCAUAUCCUCGAAAGUUGUUGGUCUCUCAUUUUCACUAAAUAGCCUUGACUUGUCUGGCAACCAAUUCACUGGUGUCCUUCCCAUGGAAAUAGGAAAUUUGAAAAAUUUAGAACAUUUGGAUAUUUCUGAAAAUAUGUUGUCUGGUAAAAUACCGACAAGUCUUGCAAGCUGUGUAAAGCUAGAAUUUCUAGCCAUGAGAAGAAACUUUUUCCAAGGUCUCUUUAAUGCUACUGAUGGAUUCUCUUCUUCUAAUUUAAUUGGUGUGGGUAGUUUCGGGUCAGUGUAUAAAGGUAUUCUUGUUCAGUAUAAACAUACUGUUGCUAUCAAGGUGCUGAACUUAGGGUGCCAUGGAGCUUCCAAAAGUUUCAAAGCCGAGUGUGAGGCUCUAAGAAACAUUAGACACCGAAAUCUUGUAAAGGUGCUCACAGUAUGUUCAGGUUUUGACCAUCAAGGUCAUGAUUUUAAGGCAUUGGCAUACAACUUCAUGGGAAAUGGCAAUCUAGAUGAGUGGUUACAUCCAACUCCAAGAAAAAUUAAUGAGGCACUUGAGAAACAAAGGAAGUUGAGUCUUCUUCAAAGAUUGAAUAUUGCCAUUGAUGUUGCUAGUGCAUUGGAUUAUCUUCAUCAUCAUUGUGAAACACCAAUUGUUCAUUGUGACCUCAAGCCUAGCAAUGUUCUUCUUGAUGAUGAAAUGAUUGGACAUGUAAGUGACUUCGGGUUGGCAAGAAUCCUUCAUGAUAUCGUCCACGAUUCUUCUACCAAUCAAUCAAGCUCCAUUGGGGUUAAAGGAACGAUAGAAUGCUUAUAUCAAAUUUUCUAA